AUGAAGGUCUUCGCUGCAGCUCUCGCCUUCGCCUCCGCGGCCGAAACUGAGGUCACCGUCAUCGGCGGCUACACCCCCGACCCACACUCGCAGCCCUACAUCCUCUCCCUCCAGCGAUUCGGCUCCCACUUCUGCGGCGCCUCCCUCUACGCUGCCAACCGAGCUGUCUCCGCUUGCCACUGCACCGUCUACGCUUCCUUCGAUGCUGUCGCCGGCGCUCACAACAUCCGACAGAACGAGAGCUCCCAGCAGAAGAAGGCCGGUACCUGGAUUCGACAUCCUGGAUAUAACUCCAACACUCUUGUCAACGAUGUCGCCGUUAUCUCUUUCGCCGGUUCCUUCACCGUCAACGACUACGUCGUUCCAUACGCUCUCCCAGCUUACCAGGACGCUGAAUGGAUGGCCAACGGUACUGAGGUCCGAGUCUGCGGCUGGGGCAACACCUCCAUGAUCGGCACCAACAUGCCCGACACCCUCAAGUGCGUCGAAGUCCCAAUCGUCGAGAACAGCACCUGCAACGCCCGAAACCACUACAACGGUUCCAUCCUUCCCGGCAUGUUCUGCGCUGGUCUCAUCGGCGAGGGAGGCAAGGACGCCUGCCAGGGUGACUCCGGCGGACCAGUCCUCCUCAACGACGAAAUCGUCGGCGCCACCUCCUGGGGAAUCGGAUGUGCUUACCCCAACUACCCCGGCGUCUACACCGAUGUCGCCAUGUUCCGAGACUGGAUCGACCAGCAAUCUUAA